UCCCUCUCGGACGUCCUAUAUUCCCCUUCCGGCACAAACCGCCAUUCCCAUUCAGCCGUCGCCGCCAUGGAUCCGACGCCGAACUCGCACCCGAUCCUGACCUACGUGCUCACCCGCCUCCCUUCGAUCAAGACGAGGGGCUCCCCGAGCCUCUCCUCCCCUCGCGACAUCGAGCAGGCGGCGGCGCCGCCGUCCCCGUCCCCGCGCGCCCCUUCUGGCCCCGCGGAGUUCGAGCUGGUGGAGCGCAUGCCCGGGCUCCGCCACCCCUCCGUCCUCGCCUCCAUGACGCGCGCCGUAGCGGACAUCUCCCACGCGCGCGACGCGAUCCGCCUCCUCGACCCGCGCCCCGACCACGAGCUCGUCGACUCCGCCCGCGCCUUCCUCCGCUCGCGCUCCCAGUCGGCCGGGGAUCGGGAGGAGGAUGGGGAUGUCGAGGAGAAGGUGGCGACGAGCCGGGAGGUGGUGCGGCUGGAUGAGGAGCACGAGGCGUACGGGGCCCUGCUGCGGGAUGCGGAGGAGAAGCUGGAGAGAGUGUACCGCAUGGCGAUGCACGGGAGGGAGGUCGUGGAACGGAGCGGCAAAGGAGGGGAGGAGGGAUCGGGCGCUGUGGACGAAGAGGUGGUGCGGGUGCUCAAGGAGGCGGAGGAGGGGAAUGUGGUGGAGCAGGUGCACCUCGCCGACCGCCAGCUGCACCACCUGCCGGAGCCCUUCGGCCGGAUCCGCGGCCUCCUUGUGCUCAACGUCUCACGCAACCAGCUCCAGACUGUCCCAGAUGCCAUAGGCGGACUCGAACACCUGGAAGAGCUCCGCCUCGCUUCCAACGCCUUGGUCUCUCUCCCAGACACCAUCGGGCUCCUCUCCAACCUGAAGAUCCUAGACGUGUCCGGCAACAAGCUGAGGUCUCUGCCCGACAGUAUCUCAAAAUGCAGGUCACUGGUGGAGCUGGACGCGAGCUACAACGUCCUGGCGUACCUCCCGACGGGCAUCGGCCACGAGCUGGUGAACCUGCAGAAGCUCUGGGUGCACCUCAACAAGCUGCGCUCGCUACCGUCGUCCGUGUGCGAGAUGCGGUCCCUGCGCCUCCUGGACGCGCACUUCAACGAGCUCCGAGGCCUGCCCGCCGCCAUCGGCAAGCUGGCGGCGCUCGAGUCGCUCAACCUGAGCAGCAACUUCAGCGACAUGCGAGACCUGCCGGAGUCGUUCUGCGACCUGGUCGGCCUGCGCGAGCUCGACCUCAGCAACAACCAGAUACACGAGCUGCCGGACCGCUUCGGCCAGCUGGACCGCCUGGAGCUGCUCUCCCUGGACCAGAACCCGCUCGCCGUGCCGCCCAUGGAGGUUGUCGCCGAGGGCGUCGGAGCCGUGAAGGAGUACAUGACCAAGAGGCUGCUGGCCGAGGAGGAGCGGCGGAGGAACGCCGUGGAGGCCGCGGAGAGCCCCAGGUCGUCGACUCCCAUGGCCUGGCUCUCGCGCAGCGUGUCGUCGUUGAGCACCUGGGUUUCCGGCCAGGACAAGCCGGCGGAUGAGGACGCGUUCCUCGAGCAGGAGCUGUGAGAGCGUCUCGGUGCUCGAUCGAUGUACAUACAUUUCGCUGCACGCACGCCAUAGGAGAAUUUUUUACCGGCCAGAAUGGGAAAAGGCAGCCAACCAUGUGAGCCAUUUUUCUUGUUUUCCUCGUUUCUUUAUGGUUUCUUACCAGUGUUCGGUUGCUAGUUUCAGUUGUCAUGUUGCGUUGUUCAAUAAUGGAACUUCGCAGCACAGUUAGCUGUGUGGAGAGGGCACGCUGUUGUAGAAAUAACAGGUGCAUUGGAAGCAGAGUGCCCUCGACUCGAGAUAUUCAACAUUUUUCAAUCCUUUCGUCUGUUGUUCUUUGAGACGGGCUGGUUUGUAAUUGAGUGUUUUGUCUGAAAACUUCAACUUCUGUAUCCCUUACAAACUUGUAAUUUUCUGUUCGGUCUUUCUAAAUUGACACAUUUGCCUAUAUACAAGUCACACGAUAGACGACAAUUCUUACAGCUCCGUUUUUCUGGAAGAUGACUGCACAUUUCAGGGUCUGCCCUACUACAGAUUGCUGAAGUUGAGAACCCAUGGUAACAUCAAACGGCGUAUGAUUCGUACUUACAUUGCCGGUUAUACACGGGCCUGCACAGCAGCCUCUAGAGCAUGUACGGUUGACUUGAACAAGCACGACAAGAAUACUGAUAAGAAUACCUUAACAAGCAGCCUCUGCAGCACCAGCAGAACUACCCAAGUACGAAUUACAUACGACCAUGCUUUCAUUAAGGGGGCCAUAAAGCCCAUUACAUGUAGUUCACCUUGCCAAGGCUACUGCUCUCCAGAUACGAGCCCGCGCACAUAACACAA